AUGUCUAUGGUCUGCGAUAUCGGCCGAGACCCGUUUAUGUUGGAUAAAAUCAGCUUUUGGCAAACUGGACAGUUUCUCGCGGCGAUUUCUCGGUUGGGACUAUUCGAUGAGAAAUUAUACUCUAAUGUGGCUGAUGUCAUCACGAAGGACAUGAGUUUGUAUAAGGAUCCGGAAACGCUGGCAUCAACUCUAUGGGCGAUGGCGAAAUCUGGAUUCGUCCAAGGGAACUUCGUGGAAGCGUCGUUGGCGUCGGCGAAUUCGAUGAUUAAUGCAACUAACAACAACAUGAAUGCGUGGAGUCAAAUUUUGUGGAGUCUUAUUCAGCAAGGUUGCGACCCAAGCAGUGAUACACGAAUGGCGAAUAUUGUGGAAUUCGUAGCGCAGUUGCCAGUCCCAGUUCAUAGGGGACAUUUUAGAAGACUUCAUCAAGCGGCUGACGUCCUUGGGGAGGAGUCUCCCAUGCGAAAGUAUUUAACACAUCCACUGAGCAGCGCCACCGCUCUUCCUCCUAGAGAUAGUAGACGUAUUCAAAUUACUAAUCAAAUUGCCAAGGUUUUGACAGAAAGCGGCCUUCUACCGACUCGUGCGAUUGAUACUCGUGUGAUGGUAUCGCCGAGUUGCAGCUCGAUAUUGGAUAUCGCUAUUAGUGCGGAAGGAAGCGGCUCGGCUGCUACUCCCGUCAGUGGUUUUAUUAUUGCGGCUGGUGACACUGACCAUAGACAGAUGCGAGUGGUUCCCGCAAGCACCGAAGGUUCGAAUAGUUAUUAUGGUGGAUUUGGCAUGAAAGUUCAGCCCCAUGCUGAGCAUGAAUUUGAACAUAUACGUACCGGGCAGAAUUUGAUGUACCAGAGGAUUUUGACUCGACGAGGGUUGACGGUUUCGAUCAUCGGUGAAAAUGAGUGGAAACGAGCGCACGAGAGCGGUGAGGAGAAAGCGUUUUUGAGGAAGAAAUUGGAGGAAGUUGGAAUGGCAUGCUGAUUUGUGGUAGCGUGUAUU